AUGAAGCUCCUUACCUCUGUCAUGCUCAUGGCCACGGUCUUUGCUGGACUUGCCAGCGCUGGCAACGGCUGGCAACCCCAGAGUCCGCCCAACUUUACCGUGCAGGCGCUGUGCAGCAACACCGACACCAUGCGGGUCUGUUUCACCACCAACAUCGAUAAUCUUACCCCCGGUCCUGGCUCGCAGUUUAGCGGAUUUAUUGCCGAUGACAAGAAGAGCUUUGUGCUGGUUGCCAACCAGGACGCCUCGUCCUCGCUUGUGAUCGGCAACUACAAGAUCAACGUCAACUGGGGUGCCAGCGGAAACAACGACAAGAACUGCGCGGCUGUCGAUGUCGAGGAUCAGAACGGCAACGAGAUCACCAACUACCUCACCUGCUCCAGCGCCAAGUGGUACGACCUCAAGGCCUGA